AUGGAUACCAGUCAAAGAAGCAUUAGGGUUCUAAUGUUUCCAUGGCUAGCGCAUGGCCACAUAUGCCCAUUUCUGGUUUUAGCCCAGGCGCUCAGCAAGAGGAACUUCUACAUCUACAUUUGUUCCACGCCUGUGAAUCUGAGUUCCAUCAAGAAAAGGAUCUCAGAGAAAGACGCCAUUUCCAUAAAGCUGGUGGAGCUUCAGCUGCCGUCUUUGCCUAAUCUCCCCCCUCACUACCACACCACCAAUGGCCUCCCGCCCCACCUCAUGCCCACUCUCAAGAAGGCCCUGGACAUGGCGAAGCCGGGGUUUUUGAAUCUCGUGCACACCUUGAAGCCGGAUUUGGUUGUGUAUGAUUUUCUGCAGCCGUGGGUGCCCGCGAUGGCGGCCGCGCAGGGUAUUCCGGCGGUUUUGUUCCUCAGCACCGGGACGGCGGCGUUCUCUUACAUAUUAUAUAAUAUUGGCAGAGGGUACCCUGCUGAAGAGUACCCCUUCCCGGAGGUGUAUCUCCGGGACCAUGAGUUUAUCACGAACAAACGGUUGUUUGAGGCGGCGGAGCAGACGGAUGGCGGCGUUAGUGACGGGGAGAGGAUUGAUGGGUGUUUAGAUGGGUCGUCAAGCAUCAUCCUCCUCAAGACUUUCAGACAGCUUGAGGGGAAGUACAUUGAUCAUCUAAGCAAUAUGGUGAAAAAACGUUGCGUACCAGUGGGCCCACUAGUGAGAUCUCCGGCACCGGACGGCGAGAAUCCGGAGAUCAAAGAGUGGCUCGACAUGAAGCCGCGAUGCUCCACGGUGUUCGUCUCGUUCGGGACCGAGUAUUUCCUGACGGAGGAGGAGAUGGAGGAGGUGGCUCUAGGGCUAGAGCUAAGCAAGGUAAACUUCCUGUGGGUGAUUAGGUUUCCGGCCGCGGAGGCCGGGGAAAAACCUAGGGCAAUAGAGGACGCCCUCCCCGAGGGCUAUCUGGAGAGAGUGGGGGAGCGGGGGAAACUGGUGGAGGGAUGGGCCCCGCAAGGGAUGAUUCUAGAACAUUCGAGUAUCGGCGGAUUCGUGAGCCACUGCGGGUGGAGCUCGGUCAUGGAGGCGCUGAAAUUCGGCGUCCCGAUAAUCGCGAUGCCGAUGCACCUGGACCAGCCGCUGAACGCGCGGGUGGUGACGGCGGCGGGGAUAGGGGAGGAGGUGGUGAGGGACGGGGAGGGGAAGGUGGAGAGAGAGGAGGUGGCGAGGGUUGUGAGGAAAGUGGUGGCCGAGAAAAGCGGGCAGCGGUUGCGGCGGAGGGCGAGGGAGUUUAGUGAGAAGAUAAUGAGCGAGAGAGGAGAGGAAGAGAUAGAUGAGGCGGUGCAGGAGUUGACGGCGCUUUGUCAAACGACGACGUUUAGACAAGACUCCGCCGAAUUGAACUGCAUACGCUUUAGUCUUGGUGGCUGA